AUGGCGUCCUUCCGCGAGACGCUCUUCACCGACUACUACGUCAAGCAGCACGUGUUUCAUCCGGACGAGAUUGACGCGGUCGUCGACACGCUCAAGACGCCGCUGCCAGCAUGCUUUCGCAUUAGCCCCAAUGCGUCGAAUGCGUCCCAGUACCUCGAGUGCGGCCGCAACGCGCUCACCAAGCUCGCCAAGGAGCACGAGAUCAUGGGUGCUCUGCACAAGUUUCUCAUCCUCCACGGUGACAGCGGUGCCAUCACGCGCCAGGAAGCGGUGAGUAUGAUCCCGACGCUGCUGCUCGAUGUCCAUCCGGAACACCGCGUUCUCGACAUGUGCGCGGCGCCUGGCUCCAAGACGUCGCAGAUCCUCGAGACGCUCUUGCAGGACCCGGCGCAGACCGGCUUUGUCGUGGCCAACGACGCCAACGAGAAGCGCGCGUACAUGCUCGUGCACCAGAUGAUGCGCAUUGGCCUCAUGUCGGCCGUCAUCUCGUGCCACCAAGGCCAGGCCUUUCCCGGCCUGUACAACGCAUCCGGCGAGCUCGAACGCACCAAUGUCUUUGACCGCGUCCUUGCCGACGUGCCAUGUACCGGCGACGGCACGCUGCGCAAGAACGAAAACAUUUGGCGGCGCUGGCACGUCGGUGACGCGCUCACAUUGCACCCAAUCCAGCUUGAGAUUGCUCUGCGCGCCGCCGCGCUCCUCAAGGUCGGCGGGCGCAUGGUCUAUUCCACGUGUUCGUUCAACCCGAUUGAAAACGAAGCGAUUGUCGCCGAGCUCCUUCGACGCGCCGACGGUGCGCUCACGCUGGUCGACUGCUCGGCGGAGCUCGUGGGCUUGAAGCGCCGCAGCGGCUUGACCAAGUGGGACGUUGCGUGGCAGUCCAAGUCCAAGCACAAGCGCCAGGCCGACCGGCUCGCAAACGCGCCGCUCGAGUGGUUUUCCAGCUUCUUCGACGAGGCGAUUCCCGAAGACCUUCGCGGCUACCGCAUCACGCGAUCGCUCUUCCCGCCGGCCGAGACGUACCCGCUCGAGCGCUGCAUGCGCUUUCUGCCGCAUGAUCAAAACACGGGCGGCUUCUUCGUCGCCGUGCUCAUGAAGACGGCGGACCUCCCGGGUGCCAACCAAGAAGGUUUGGACGCGUUCGAAGUCUCGUACGAACGCGGCCCGAAAUGCCACCGCUACGUGUGCAAGCUCUGCGGCGAGCGUGGCCACUACAUUCAAAACUGCCCGCUUUCCGACAAGCGCCAAGCGGCCGCUGAGGCGAAAGCGGCGCCCGUCGAAGUCGAGACGUUUGGGGAUUUCUUCGUCCCGUUGCCCGACGACGCGUGGACGUCGAUCCAGGAAACGUAUGGUCUCGGCCCUGGCUUUGACAAGGAGCGACUUUUCGCGCGUUCCAAGGGCGCGGCGACACUGUCGUAUGUAAGCCCGACCGUGCAAGCGGCUUGCUUGGCGGGUCCGGGCUUGAACCUCGUCAACACGGGUGUCCGCGUCUUUGUCAAAAUUACGACGGGGGCGCACAAGGGAUUCCGCCCGGCGCAGGACGGACUGGACUUGGUCGUGCCGCACAUGACGAAGCGCAAGCUCACGGUCGGCUGGUCGGCCUUCAACACACUCGUGGGCGUGAGCAGCACCAAGCUCUUUUCGGAGCUGGACCCGUCGCUCGCUGCGUCGCUCCAAGCCUUUGGCGUCGGUCCCAUUGUCGUCCAACUGCAAGCCCACGACGCGAGUAGCAACGUUGUCGCACUGAGCCUCUGGGUUGGCAGCGCCAGCGUCUCCAAGAGCGUGACGUCGUCCGACUUGGACAUUCUCGCAGACCUCCUCGCGACCCUGGACGUCACCCACUAUGCGCCAUAA